CUUAUAUUGUCUAAUAUGACGAAGACAGCCGGCUUCAUUCAAACAAUGGAACGUGAUGGCUCGUGCAUUAUUAACAAGAAUUGAACGUCUUGCGUAACCUACCCUUGCGUGGUUAUCUGUGGAAGUAUAUGAUUAAAAAACGAUAUACCUUAACGUCGUGAACAGUGUAAAAGACCAAGUGAACAUUGUCAGAGACCAAGUGGAGACUGAUCACUCCGAUAUACACUUUACUGGAUAUCUAGUGAAACAGAAUUCCUAUAAGACACACACAGCGAUGAGAGGACUUCAAACAUAUAUUAAUUUUUAAGCAGGAUACGGAUAUUAUAUGUGAUUCUUUUCAAAACUUACUUCACGUCAACGUUACGUCACGUCAAUGGAUACAGGUGCGCAAAUCAAUACCUGGAAUAUUAGUUAUAAAUAAUGACACGCCGGCGGUCUGAUAUCUGACCGGAUGUGAAUUACUUCAUUAUAACGCACACAUUAAAACUUUAGGAACGCACGAAAAUAUCACCACCAAAACCAGACAGUAGAUAUAGAGAGAAAAAGAUGCCUUCGAAAGGAUUUGAGCUAAAACGGACUAGCGAUAAUGGCUACAUGUCGACGGAAAUUGACGAUCCCGUCCGACAAAAGGCGAUAGAAGCCGAAGCUGACCGCGAGUUCCGCCUAGAGCCGGAGUUUCCCCCUGGGUGCGGCUACAGGGGGUGCAGACCGGGCUGGCUACAGGUGUGCAACAACCCGAAAGCCUUUCUCGUCUUCAUGUGCUGGUUUACUACGAUACAAGGUCUUGUUGUGAAUGGCAUCAACAAUGUGAACACCACGUCUGUUGAGAGGCGUUUUAACCUGCCCAGUUCUCGCGUGGGCCUCGUCUCCAGCGCCUACGACAUUGCGGCGGGGACCACCGUCAUCCUCAUUAGUUACUUUGGGGCGCACGCGCACAAACCGAGAUUGCUGUCGACAGCAGCAUUCAUCAUGGGGUGUGGCUCUCUAGUGAUGAGCAUGCCACAUUUCACCACGGGGUUGUAUCAGCUGAGGGGCACCAUUGCAGAUACAUGUACAGGUACUGGGAACUCCACAGCGUGUACCGUUAAUCCACAGAACUCGUACCUCCAGAACUACCUGUACGUACUGAUCCUGGGACAGCUCCUGCACGGGGUGGGCGGGACCACACUGUACUCCCUUGGGACAGUGUUUAUAGACGAGAACGUGAAGACCAAGGUGUCGCCUAUAUACAUAGGCAUUCUGUACGCGUUCUCCGCUUUGGGGCCAGCAAUUGGAUAUAUAGUCGGAGGCCAGUUCCUUAAUAUCUACGUCGACUUUGAAAAUGUUAAUGUAGAAAAUGUCAACAUAACCCCACAAGAUCCUCGCUGGGUUGGAGCAUGGUGGCUGGGGUUUGUGAUGGCUGGUUUCUUAGCGUGGACGGUGACCGUGGCUCUGUGUGCUUACCCCAGGGAGCUCCCCACCGCCAAGGAGGUGCGAUUAACCAGAGAGUCCCAGGCCCACCAAGAUGGCGGCGAAGACGAAGUCAACCGACCUGGCUUUGGCAAGUCUAUCAGGGACAUGCCAACCGCGGCAAAGGUUAUUCUGAAGAACCCGACGUUCGUGUUCGUGACGCUGGCUGGCUGCACUGAAGGGCUAGUCACUAGUGGCUUCGCUACAUUUCUCCCCAAACUCUUACAAAACCAGUUCGGACUGACGGCCAGCUGGGCCGCCAUGUUGACAGGAUUCGUGGCUGUUCCCGGGGCGGCGGGUGGUCAGCUGCUUGGUGGCAUCAUCUCCAGUAAAAUGAAACUGAAAGUGAAAGGAAUGUUAAAGCUCAGUAUGACAGCCUGCGUCAUGGCAGCACUGCUGGCUGCCUCGUUUUGGAUCAGUUGUGAAACGCCGUCCGUAUUCGGAGUUGAUAUACCAUACCCAAACAGCACCACCGUCCAGGUUAACAACAUCACAGCGGAGUGUAACGCCGGGUGCGGGUGCACCACCUCCAGCUUUGAACCCAUCUGUCUGAACGGCCAGGAGUACUUCACCCCCUGUCACGCCGGUUGCCUGUCGUCUGCGCUGGUCAACGGAUCAAAGGUGUACACAGACUGUAGCUGUAUCGCCGAGGAGCUGGGUUCUAACGUCUCUGCCGCGGCUAGCAUCACCACAGGACGCUGUACCGCCGAGUGUUGGACGCUGUACCUGUUCUUACCCAUUGCAUUGGUGCUGAUACUAUUUACGUUCAUGUCGGCUACCCCGGCCACCUCUGUUACUCUCAGGUGUAUUCCUGACGGACAGAGAGCCUUUGGUCUUGGCUUGCAGUGGGUUUUCAUCAGAUUCUUAGGCACGGUACCGGGACCAAUCUUGUUCGGCGCCAUCAUUGACGGUACGUGUCAGCUCUGGCAGCAAAACUGCACGGAGAACGGCUCGUGUUGGAUUUACGACAGCGCCUUGAUGGGGAGGAACUUCUUCUUCCUCGGCCUCGGCGUCAAGUGUUUGACUGCCCUGUUCUUCUUCCUCGCUCAUUAUUGCUACAAGCCUCCGUCCACGAGGAAAAUGGUGAAGUCGAUGACCCAGCAAACUCUAAAUGUGAGAAAGGUUUCCACCUUUAGCUCGGCAUCACAGACGUCAAACAACUUGUGAUCGCCGCAUUUGUUGGGUAAACCUCUAGUCACGCUGUUCAUUUGUGAU